AUGCUACAAGGGGCAGAGCUGAACUACUCUGAGCUUGAGAGGGCAGCGCUGAUUGUGUUGGUAACGGCCCGGAGGCUAAGACCAUACUUUCUGGCACAUAAAGUCAUUGUACGCACCUCACUACCAUUCAAGCAGACUUUAGGGCGACCGGAUCUGUCGGGGAGGAUGGUAAAAUGGGCAAUCAAGCUGAGUGAAUACGAUGUGGAUUUCGAGCUACGGACCGCAAUCAAAGCGCAAGCGCUGGCAGACUUUUUACAAGAAACUACCAGGGCUGAAAAACAGAAACCCUGGAGGGCAUUCGUGGAUGGUUCUGUCACGAAGAAAGGAUGCGGGUGGCGUUUGUCUAACAAUGAGGGUGAGUAUGAAGCUGUCGUCAAGGCUUUGUUAAAAUUAUCGAAUUUAGGAGUUGAAUCCGUGCAUUUGAAGUCUGAUUCGCAAUUGGUGGUGCAGCAAUUGCUGGGCGAAUAUGAUAUCAGGGACAACCGAAUGGUCGCAUACCAUCUCAGAGCUGGGGAGUUGAUGUCCAAAUUCCAGAACUGUCUUAUUGAACAAAUACCACGCGACCAAAAUAGCAGGGCUAACUUAUUAGCGCGGAUGGCCAGUGCAGUUGAACAUAGCUGGACCAAUUCAGUAACUUUUCUCUUUGAGCCUAGCAUAGAAAACAAGCAGGGUAUUUUCAGCGUGGAAUGCCUACCUCCAGAGGAGGAGCAUGUUGCUCUCAGGGAAGUUCACCAGGUCUAUUGCAGAAAUCAUGCAGGAUAUAAAGAUUUGAUGAGGAAAAUUAUCAGGGUUGGAUUUUACUGGCCUACAAUGGCAGAGGAUGCCAAGCUGGGAAUUGACAUUGCAGGAAAACUCCCUACAACUCCGGGUGGAAGAUGUUUCUUGAUAGUGGCUGUAGAUUACUUUUCCAAAUGGGUGGAGGCUGAGGCAGUGACGAAGAUAGAUGAAUGUACUAUUGAGAGGUUCUUAUGGCGUAAUAUUUGCUGCCGAUAUGGGUCACCAAGAGUACUCGUCUCGGAUAAUGGGAUGCAAUUCACGGGGCAGCGCAUAGCAGAUUUUUGUCACAAAAUAGACAUUAUACAGCACUUCGUCUCUGUGCCCACCCACAAGCUAAUGAAUGACGAGCUUUGGCGCUUAGACCUGGAUUUCAUAGAGCUGAGCAGGGAUGCAGUUGUUCUCAGGGCUGCAAAGUAUAAAAGCAUCAUCAAAGCUGGGUUUGAUAAGAAAGUGACAGUCAGGAAGUUUAACAAGGGAGACCUGGUACUAAAGCGGGUAGAUGCACUGCAUCCGGCAAAGAUAUUUGAUCCCACUUGGGAGGGUCCUUUUGUGGUAACAGAGGUGCAAGGUGGGGGAGCGUAUCAUCUAUCUGAUAGCGAAGGGAGGCCUCUCACCCGGCCUUGGAACAUCAAUACUCUAAAGAAAUUCUAUGCUUGA